AUGGACGACGCUCAAGUGCGAAGAUCUUCCACUCGUCGUAGCAGACAUCUCAAUAGACCUGAACGUUUUCAACCAGUAGAACCUAUAUUACGCAAAAAAGAUUCUACUUCCUGGGAUGCGUGGGUGUUAUUCUCGUAUAUAGUCACAUUCUGGGCUCCUGGUCCGUUGCUGUCGUCUGUCGGUGGUCUUCACGAUAAAGCAUCGCAACAAGCAUGGCGUGAAAAAAUCGCACUAUGUUCAAUUGCUGUUAUAUUGAGCGGCUUAGUCUGCUUUAUGACUGUAGGCUUUACGCCUGUUACGUGUCCCGCAUCUAAAGCGAAGAAUGAUGAAUACCUACGAUAUGGCGAAAAUUCUGGUGUCGUAGGCAUUCUCGGAUGGCAAUUCAAUGUAGCACGAUCAAAAGUUGACAAGGUUGAUUUUAAUUCAUUGGCGAGUCAGGCAAAUGGACAAGAUGUCACCGGCUAUUUCACUCGUCAUUUAAAUCUCAUACAGACAUGCCAAGCUCCAGCUCUUCAACGUUUUGCAGCUGUCAGACAGAAUUUCUGUGCAAACACAUCGGCCAUACAACAACCCUGCAUUGCUGGUGACCUGACACCAAACACGUUGACAGGUCUUAAUCUCCUGAACACUACAAAAAAAGUUGGUUAUGAUUGGAAUCAAUUGGCGAGUCGUAAUUUGAGAAACUAUAUGGUUAUCAAUGAUAAAGUACUUAAUAUGGAUUUGUACAUGGAGAACAAUCCAAUUGACAAAACGGAUGCUGUAGAUACUGCCAUUCGGUCUGUAUUGUUCAAUAGUCAUUCUGAAGGUGGAAAAGAUGCCACACGCCUUUUCUUUAGUCGCAAUGAUCUCAAAAAUGCCAUCCCUUGCUUGACCCUUAAAUAUAUUGCCGGUUAUAUCGACAAAGAAACAGCUGGUUGUUUUGUGUCACAACUAGUUCUAUACGUAGCAUUAACUGUUGUGCUUGGUGUAGUCAUGUCUCGUUUUAUCAUGGCUAUUGUAUUCACCUGGUUCAUAUCUGAUUAUCUUGUAAAAGAGCCAAAGCCGGUAAAGUCUCUUCAGGAAUUGCCUUCGGAAACCGAACAAGGCAGAGAUACUACUCGCUGGAACGAAUUGGGUAUUGUUACUGAGGAUAUUACAAUUGACAAUAUAGGCAAUGAUUUGUACACAAUCUUGCUCGUUACCUGCUAUUCUGAAGGUGAAGAAGGCUUACGCAUUACUUGCGAGUCUAUGGCUUCUACGACAUAUCCAGAUGAUCGCAAAUUGCUUUUCUUCAUAUGUGACGGCGUGAUUACCGGCAGCGGUAAUAAUUACAGCACUCCAGAUAUUUGUGUUCGCUUCAUGAGACUCCUUCCAGAAUUUGUUGAUCCAGAACCAAAGAGUUACAUCGCAGUCGGUGAUGGUAACAAACGACAUAACAGAGCCAAAAUAUACGCCGGACAUUACCAAUAUGAAAAUCGGUUUAUUCCUAUGAUUACCGUCGUUAAGUGUGGUAAUCUACAAGAGCAAGGCAGUUUGAAGCCGGGAAAUCGUGGCAAGCGUGAUUCACAAGUGAUGUUGAUGCAUUUCUUCAGUCGUGUUACAUAUAAUGAUCGGAUGACGGAAUUUGAUUAUGAUCUCUUUACAAAGUGUCAUCAUCUUAUGGGGGUUACUCCCGACGUUUUCGAAGUGGUGUUAAUGGUUGACGCGGACACAAAAGUGUACCCAAAUUCUCUCCGCUUACUCGUUAACUGUAUGUGCAAUGAUCCUUUGAUUAUGGGGCUCUGCGGUGAAACGAAGAUUGCCAACAAACGCGAUUCCUGGAUCACAGCAAUUCAAGUCUUUGAAUACUACAUCAAUCAUCAUCUUAGCAAAAGCUUUGAAUCAGUGUUUGGUGGUGUUACUUGUCUCCCUGGUUGUUUCUGUAUGUAUAGGCUCAAAGUUCGCAAGGGCAACGAUGACUGGGUUCCUGUCAUUGUAAAACCGGAAAUCGUUAUAGAAUACGCUCGGGACAAAGUUGAGACUCUGCAUCAGAAAAACUUGCUACUUCUCGGUGAAGAUCGUUUCCUAACCACAUUGAUGUUGAGACACUUUCCUUAUCGUAAAAUGAUGUUUUGUCCGCAAGCUAUAUGUAAGACUAUUGUCCCGGAUGAACUCAAAAUCUUACUCUCACAACGCCGGCGAUGGAUUAAUGCUACUAUUCAUAAUCUUAUGGAAUUGGUACUUGUCCGCAAUCUCUGUGGUACUUUCUGCUUCUCUAUGCAGUUUGUCGCAUUUAUGGAGCUAAUCGGUGCAUGUGUGCUCCCUGUCGCUAUAGUAUUAACGUACUCGUUGAUCAUCAACAUGUUCAUACAUCCACCAAAAAACUUUUCCGAUACUAUUCCUCUCAUUAUGCUGGUGGCGGUGCUUGGGCUUCCAGCUGUUCUCGUUCUCAUAACAAGAGGAAAGAUUGUGUAUAUUUCAUGGAUGGCACUAUAUUUGUUGGCUUUACCUGUAUGGAAUUUCGUUCUGCCGAUAUAUGCUUACUGGCAUUUUGACGACUUCUCGUGGGGCGAAACUAGGAAAGUUGAAGGAGAAGAAGGCGAAGGCGAUGAUGCGGACAACCAUGAGGGAGAAUUCGAUACUUCUAAAAUACCGAUGAAGCGAUGGCAGGACUGGGAAAAGGCCAAACUUCGCCGCAUUAGGCGACGUGACGCGCAGCGAACACGUAACAUGCAAAAUGCACAAGGGUCUGGUGCAGGAUACUAUCCACCACCAUAUGAUGGAUAUCAUACGUAA